UUUGACUAGUGGCACUAUGCCACCAACCAUACAUACCCCUAAAACCCUAAAAAAAAAACAAAAAAAACCCUCCCCGUCUCCUUCACAUCCUUCUUCUUAAGCGAAAAAUGUGGAUUCAAGGUGCAGUGCUUUAUGAACCAUUGAAACCACUCUAUCUUAGCAACCCACUUAGCUUUAAUGGAACUAGUUUCUUCACCAACCAUUAUCAGAAACGGAGAUCUUCUGUGGUUGUAAUGUCCACGACAACCAAAAGUACUGCAGUUCCUAUCAUGGUAAAUGGCUGUAAUGGAAAAAUGGGGAGUUCUGUUAUAUUGGCAGCGAAUUCUGCUGGACUUCAAAUUCUUCCAAAAUCAUUUGGCCCGGAAAAGGAGGCUGGUAAUACUGUGGAAGUUUUUGGGAAUGAGAUUAAAAUUCAUGGUCCUUCUGAAAGAGAAAGUGUGCUUGCGUCCCUCUAUGAUGAGUAUCCGAGCAUGAUUGUGGUGGAUUACACUGUGCCUGAUUUGGUGAAUGAUAAUGCAGAUCUGUAUUGCAGAGUUGGGGUGCCAUUUGUGAUGGGAACUACUGGUGGCGAUAGGGAUAUAUUAUAUAAGACUGUGGAUGCCUCAAAAGUUUAUGCAGUAAUCUCUCCACAAAUGGGGAAACAGGUGGUUGCAUUUCUUGCAGCCAUGGAGAUUAUGGCUGAGCAAUUUCCUGGUGCAUUCUCUGGAUACUCCCUUCAUGUGAAGGAGUCCCAUCAAGCAGGAAAGCUGGACACGUCUGGAACUGCCAAGGCUGUCAUUUCUUGCUUCAAGAAAUUGGGGGUGUCUUUUGAUGAUCAGAUAGAAAUGAUCCGAGAUCCCAAGGAACAAGUGGAGUUGGUGGGAGUUCCAGAGGAGUAUUUGUCUGGUCAUGCAUUUCAUUUGUAUUAUCUGUCGUCACCUGAUAAAACUGUUUCAUUUGAGUUUCAACAUAAUGUGUGCGGUAGAUCAAUCUAUGCUGAGGGUACAGUUGAUGCUGUACUUUUCCUUGCUAAGAAGAUUCAAUCAAAGGCUGACAAGCGGAUCUACAAUAUGAUUGAUGUCUUGCGGGAGGGUAACAUGAGAUAAAUUGCAAUGGAGGCAACAGGCUAGCUUCCCACUCCAAUUUCAUCCAAUCUUGCAAUGGAACUUCCGUUGGCUACAUAGUUUAAUCCAAUGAGCACUCUCUGAAAAUUGAUUAAAGGCUUAGGCAGACUUGGCUAAACCUCAAUUGGAUGUUUGCUGCAGCACAGAGAUCAGGGUAGUGCUCCCAAGCCUGCAAGAAAAACUUGAGCAACAAGUGUGGAAGCGAGUUGGAGUAUCAUCUUUUUUGCAAUGUACAAGGAGGAUAAUAAUGGUGUAGUGCAGGCAGUUUUGGAUUUUGAUAUUAUUGAGGGAAUGUUAAUUGCUUUUGUUUCUUAACUAGUUUUCACGAUAACUUUUUGAGGCAUGCUUAUCAAUGACUGUUCUAGUUGAA